AAAUUAUUCAUAUAUGUCUAAAAAACGACUGCACAGUAAAUAGUCUAAAAUACAUUUGACCUUAGUAGCAAUGAGAAUGCAUAUAUAGUACUUUAAAGAAAAAAACAACCGGAAAUAACAUUGUUGUACGUCAAACUUGCUGGUUCCGGCUACGACGGUUCAUGUACUGUGGUGGCCGUACAUGUGGGGAGUCUGGCAACGACUGGCUAAACACACGGACCGUAAAACAAAUCAAAUAGACUCUACGUUUGGUUUGUCGGAUUCAUUCAAACAUCCGCUGUUUUUGCUUAACAUCCGCCGAGGGUGACUCUCGGUGUUCGACUUUUUUAAACUUCCAAUCCGAUCUCCAUCUCGGUCGCGUCGGCGUGACUUUCACGUGGAGAGCCGCUGGAUCGUCCCAUCAACCAGAAGUCAACAUCAUCCAACCAGUCGGUACCGACAGUUCCAAAGAUCAUGUCCGAUGAGAAGAUGACCACCACGGCGACCCUGAUUUUGGAGGACGGGACGAGGUUCGAGGGCCGCCUUUUUGGCGCUAAAGUGUCUGUGUGUGGUGAAGUUGUGUUCCAGACGGGCAUGGUGGGCUACCCUGAGGCGCUGACCGACCCGUCCUACCACUGCCAGCUGCUAACACUCACCUAUCCUCUGGUGGGCAACUACGGCGUACCACAGGAUGAGCAAGGCGUGUUUGGACUGAGCAAAUGGUUUGAGUCGUCAAAGAUCCAUGCCGCCGCUCUGGUCAUCGGAGAGCUGUCGGAGAGUCCAAGUCACUGGAGCUCAUCCAAGUCGCUGGACCAGUGGCUCAAAGAGCAGGGAGUUCCGGGGAUACAAGGCAUCGACACUCGGUGCCUGACCAAAAAGAUCCGCGAGAAAGGGACAAUGUUGGCUAAGCUGGUAUUGGACGAAAACCCAGAGGAGAGCAUUCCCUUGGAUAAUGUCCUCCAGAGAAACCUGGUCCAGGAGGUGUCCAUGAAGGAGACCUGUGUCUUCAACCCCACCGGUGCUCUACGGAUCACCGCGGUGGACUGCGGCAUCAAAUACAACCAGAUUCGCUGCCUGGCGGAGCGAGGGGCCCGCGUCACUGUUGUACCCUGGGACCACCCUUUGGACAGCACAGACUUUGAUGGUUUAUUCAUCAGCAACGGUCCCGGAGAUCCGCAGCUAUGCCAGGCCACCAUCAACAACGUGAGGAAGGUGGUGUGCGUGGAUCACCCCAAGCCAGUUUUUGGUAUCUGCCUCGGACACCAGCUGCUUUCCUUGGUCAUCGGCGCAAACACCUACAAGAUGAAGUAUGGUAACCGUGGGCACAACCAGCCUUGCAUCCAUAAGGGCACGGACCGCUGCUUCAUCACCAGUCAAAACCACGGUUUUGCUGUUGACCCCGACACUCUGCCGAGUGACUGGGAUGUCCUCUUUACUAACGCGAACGACCACACCAAUGAGGGCAUUGUGCACAACACACAACCCCUCUUCAGUGUUCAGUUCCAUCCCGAGCACAUGGCUGGCCCCACCGAUCUGGUUGGCCUGUUUGAUGUGUUCCUCAGCACCGUACAAGGCCAUAAAGAUGGCGAUGUUGGCAAAUCUGGUAACAUGACAUCCUCAUCAGGAGCAUCAUCUAGUAUCAAGUGUUUUUGUGACAUGUGGUUCUCCCUUUUGGUUCCUCCAGUAAAGCAGCGUCUUAUGAACUAUAUCACUUACUUGGGUUCCUUGAAGCCUGAAAAGAUGUCCCGACCAAAGAAGGUCCUUAUCCUUGGCUCUGGAGGACUGUCCAUUGGCCAGGCUGGCGAGUUUGAUUACUCAGGCUCUCAGGCAAUUAAAGCUUUGAAGGAGGAGAAGAUCCAGACACUGCUGAUCAACCCUAACAUCGCCACCGUGCAGACCUCCAAAGGUCUUGCGGACAAGGUUUACUUCCUGCCCAUCACGGCAGAGUAUGUCACUCAGGUAAUCAAAAACGAGCGUCCCGACGGCAUUCUCCUGACCUUCGGUGGGCAGACGGCAUUGAACUGCGGCGUGGAGCUGACAAGACUGGGCGUGCUUGAGAAGUAUAACGUGAAAGUGCUAGGAACACCAGUGGUCUCCAUUGAGAUGACAGAGGACAGGAAGAUCUUUGUGGAAAAGAUGGAGGAGAUCAACGAGCAUGUGGCACCUAGCGAAGCGGCUCUAUCUGUAGAGCAGGCACUGGCAGCUGCAAAGCGUCUGGGCUACCCGGUCCUGGUGCGCUCGGCCUUCGCACUCGGCGGCCUGGGCUCCGGGUUUGCCAACAACCGCGAGGAGCUGACCUCUCUGGUGACGUCAGCCUUUGCCCACACCUCGCAGGUGCUGGUGGACAAGUCGCUGAAGGGCUGGAAAGAGAUCGAGUACGAGGUGGUGCGGGACGCCUACGACAACUGUGUUACCGUGUGCAACAUGGAGAACAUUGACCCCCUGGGCAUCCACACUGGAGAGUCUAUCGUCGUGGCACCCAGUCAGACGCUUAACGACCACGAGUACAACAUGCUGAGAAACACAGCCAUCAAGGUUAUCCGCCACCUUGGCAUAGUGGGAGAGUGUAACAUCCAGUAUGCUCUCAACCCCGAAUCAGACCAGUAUUACAUCAUCGAGGUGAACGCCCGCCUUUCACGGAGCUCCGCCCUGGCCAGUAAGGCGACAGGUUAUCCUCUAGCCUACGUGGCGGCUAAACUUGGGCUGGGAAUCCCUCUGCCGCAACUCAAGAAUUCUGUGACUAACUCAACCACAGCUAACUUUGAGCCCAGUCUGGACUACUGCGUGGUGAAGGUGCCUCGCUGGGAUCUGAGCAAAUUCCUGCGGGUUUCCACCAAGAUCGGAAGCUCCAUGAAGAGCAUUGGUGAGGUGAUGGCUAUCGGCCGCAACUUCGAGGAGGCGUUCCAGAAGGCUCUGAGGAUGGUGGAUGAGAACUGUGUCGGAUUUGACCACACCAUCAAGCCAGUGUCUGACCAGGAGCUGCAGAUGCCGACGGACAAGCGGAUCUUUGUUCUGGCCGCUGCCUUCAGAGCCGGCUACACGGUGGACCAGCUGUACCAGCUGACCAAAAUCGACCGCUGGUUCCUGCACAAGAUGAAGAACAUCGCCGACCAUGAGCGGAUACUGGAGAUGUACAACCAGGAUGAGAGCGCCAUGCCGCCAGAGGUGAUGCGGAAGGCCAAGCAGCUGGGCUUUUCAGACAAGCAGAUUGCUCUUGCCGUACAGAGCACCGAGCUGGCAGUGAGAAAACUGCGUCACGAUUGGUCCAUCCUGCCAGUAGUCAAGCAGAUUGACACUGUGGCCGCCGAGUGGCCGGCCUUUACCAACUACCUGUACCUGACCUACAACGGCACUGAGAACGACCUCGACUUUGAAGAUCAGCAUGUCAUGGUGAUUGGCUCGGGCGUGUACCGCAUCGGCAGCAGCGUGGAAUUCGACUGGUGCGCCGUGGGCUGCAUCACGGAGCUCAGAAAGAUGGGCUACAAGACCAUUAUGGUGAACUACAACCCUGAGACCGUCAGCACGGACUACGACAUGUGUGACCGCCUCUACUUUGACGAGAUCUCCUUCGAGGUGGUGAUGGAUAUUUAUGAGAAGGAGAACCCCGAAGGCAUCAUCCUGUCCAUGGGAGGCCAGCUGCCCAACAACAUCGCCAUGUCGUUGCACCGCCAGCAGUGCCGCAUCCUGGGAACAUCGCCUGAGUUUAUUGACUGUGCCGAGAACAGGUUCAAGUUCUCCAGAAUGCUAGACACCAUCGGCAUCAGCCAGCCUCAGUGGAAGGAAUUGUCUGACACCAAGUCGGCUGUGGGGUUUUGUGAGACAGUGGGUUACCCCUGCUUGGUUCGUCCAUCCUACGUGCUGAGCGGCGCCGCCAUGAACGUGGCAUACAGCGACAGUGACCUGGAGAAGUACUUGAGCAGCGCUGUGGCCGUGUCCAAGGAGCACCCUGUUGUCAUCUCCAAGUUCAUACAGGAAGCUAAGGAGAUAGACGUGGAUGCUGUAGCGUGUGACGGCGUUGUGAUGGCCAUCGCUGUGUCUGAACACGUGGAGAAUGCCGGUGUACACUCUGGCGACGCAACGCUAGUGACUCCUCCUCAAGACCUCAAUCAGAAGACCAUGGAGACGAUCAAGAUAAUCGUCCACGCCAUUGGUCAGGAGCUGCAAGUCACGGGACCCUUCAACCUGCAGCUUAUUGCAAAGGACGACCAGCUGAAGGUGAUCGAGUGUAACGUCCGCGUUUCCCGCUCCUUCCCUUUUGUAUCCAAGACAUUAGGCGUGGACCUUGUUGCCCUGGCGACGGCAGUCAUCAUGGGCGAUGAGGUGGAGCCUGUGGGUCUCAUAAGAGGAAAGGGGAUUGUGGGCGUCAAGGUUGCUCAGUUUUCCUUCUCGCGCCUGGCGGGGGCCGACGUGGUGCUCAGUGUGGAGAUGACCAGCACUGGCGAAGUGGCCUGCUUUGGUGAAAAUCGUUACGAGGCUUACCUCAAAGCCAUGCUUUCCACUGGCUUCAAGAUUCCCAAGAAGAACAUUCUGCUCUCCAUCGGUAGCUAUAAGAACAAGAGCGAGCUGCUUCCCACCGUUCAGACUCUGGAGUCGCUUGGUUACGACCUAUACGCUAGUCUAGGCACCGCCGAUUUCUACACGGAACAUGGAGUCAAGGUGACAGCUGUGGACUGGCUUUUUGAGGAGGAGGAGAGCAAUUGUCCCCCCAAGGAGAAACAGCGCAGCAUAAUGAAUUAUCUGGAGGAGAACCACUUUGACCUGGUGAUCAACCUCUCCAUGAGGAACGGCGGAGGUCGCAGACUAUCGUCCUUCAUCACCAAAGGCUACAGGACGAGGCGCAUGGCCAUCGACUACGCGGUGCCGCUCAUCAUAGACAUUAAGUGCACCAAACUCUUUGUUCAGGCUCUUCAUCAAAUUGGUAGAAGUCCACCGGUGAAGACUCACAUUGACAGCAUGACGUCCCAGACGCUGGUCCGUCUGCCUGGUCUCAUUGACGUCCACGUCCAUUUGCGUGAACCAGGUGCCACCCACAAGGAGGACUUUUCCUCUGGUACAGCUGCGGCCCUGGCAGGGGGCGUGACCAUGGUGUGCGCCAUGCCCAACACCUCCCCCGCUGUCACAGAUGCCACCACUCUGGCCCUCGUGCAAAAGCUAGCUAAAGCCGGCUGCCGCUGUGACUAUGCGCUGUACUUGGGUGCUGCCUCGGACAACGCGUCCACCCUACCAUCAAUCGCCAGCCAGGCCGUUGGCCUGAAGAUGUACCUAAAUGACACCUACUCAACACUCAAGAUGGACAACGUCUCCCUGUGGAUGGAGCACUUUGAGAAGUGGCCCAAGCAUCUCCCCAUCGUGGCGCACGCUGAGAAUCAGACAGUGGCCGCCAUCCUGAUGGUUGCACAGCUCUACCAGCGGCCGGUUCACAUCUGCCACGUGGCCAAGAAGGAGGAGAUCACUAUCAUUCGGGCCGCCAAACAGAAGGGCAUCCAGGUGACAUGUGAGGUGGCGCCCCAUCACCUCUUUUUGUGUGAGGACAAUAUAAUAGAAAUUGGCAAAGGGCGUGCUCAGGUGCGACCCAUGCUGGGCACCCGGGAGGACAUGGAGGCGCUGUGGGAGAACCUGGACAUCAUUGACUGCUUCGCCACAGAUCACGCUCCUCACUCUGUGGAGGAGAAGACCAGUGACAAUUCGCCUCCAGGUUAUCCUGGCCUGGAAACCAUGCUGCCGCUGCUGCUGACCGCUGUCAGUGAUGGACGACUGACUUUGGACGACAUCGUGCGGCGUCUUUACGAUAACCCGCGUAGGAUCUUCAACCUCCCUGUGCAAGACAACACCUAUGUGGAGGUGGACCUGGAGCAGGAGUGGGUUAUUCCACAGACCAUGCAGUUCACAAAGUCCAAGUGGACGCCUUUCAGCGGCAUGAAGGUGAAGGGCAAAGUUCGGCGUGUGGUCUUACGAGGAGAGGUGGCCUACAUCGAUGGAGAGGUCUUGGUGCCGCCAGGUUACGGUGAAGAUGUGAAGACCUGGCCGACGUCUUUCAACCUUUCUCCUGAAAGCCCCAUUACACCUGAGCAUCCUCGCCCGACUCCUCCCCGCGAUGGUAUGGUGCGAACCCGAGCCCCCAGUCCUCGUCGCUCAGCAGGAGAGGGUCGUUACAUGCAGCCCCCUCGCACCCACCGCUCCUCUGACCCAGGGCUUCCGCCAGAGAUGGUCAUGCUGCCGCCCACGGGGGCUGCUGAUGGCUACAGCCACCCCCCUCCCCUGUUCAGGCUGCUGUCCCCUCAAGCCGGGCCAGGACAGAUCCCUGCUGGCCAGCUGUCCCACUACCAGAUGUCUCCUCUGCUGCACCCUUUAGUAGGCCAGCAUAUCCUGUCCGUCAGACAGUUCAGCAAAGAGCAGAUGUCUCACCUCUUCAACAUUGCACACACACUACGCAUGAUGGUUCAAAAAGAACGCAGCCUUGACAUACUGAAGGGUAAAGUGAUGGCGUCCAUGUUCUACGAGGUCAGUACCCGCACCAGCAGCUCCUUUGCGGCGGCCAUGCAGCGCCUGGGCGGCUCCGUCGUCCACUUCUCUGAGUCCACCUCGUCCUCAAAGAAGGGAGAAUCUUUGACCGAUUCAGUCCAAACCAUGAGCUGCUACGCCGACGUGCUGGUGGUCCGCCACCCGAUGCCUGGCGCUGUGGAGAGCGCAUCACGCCAUUGUCGUAAACCGGUGAUCAACGCUGGGGACGGUGUGGGCGAGCACCCCACCCAGGCUCUUCUGGAUGUAUUUACCAUCCGAGAGGAGUUGGGAACGGUCAACGGCAUGACGAUAACCAUGGUUGGCGACCUGAAACACGGCCGCACCGUUCAUUCGCUGGCCAAGCUGCUCACUCAGUACCGUAUCACGCUGCGCUACGUGGCCCCCAGGAACCUGCACAUGCCCGCUGACAUCAUAAACUAUGUGGCCUCUAAGGGCAUCAAACAGGAGGAGUUUGAGAGUAUCGAGGAAGCGCUGCCUGAUACCGACGUCAUCUACAUGACCAGGAUCCAGAAGGAGAGGUUUUCAUCUGAAGAGGAGUACAAGGCCUGCUUCGGCCAGUUCAUCCUAACCCCUCACAUCAUGACUGGAGCCAAGAAGAAGAUGGUCGUCAUGCACCCGCUACCCCGAGUAAAUGAAAUCAGUGCCGAGGUGGACACGGACCCGAGGGCGGCCUAUUUUCGCCAGGCAGAGAACGGCAUGUACAUCCGAAUGGCUCUGCUGGCCACCAUACUGGGAAGAUAAGCAAGCACCUGCUGUUGGUUACAGGGAGUAAGUUGUUGACUCCCACUUUUGUCCAUUCCAUGACAGGUUUUUGAAUACGGGUUUCAGUUACAUAUUACAAAUUAUAUCAUGCUGCUAUACUUUAUUGUUUACUGUCUUUGCAGUCAUUCCUGCUAAGUUGCCAUCACAUUUAUUGUUGGCCUAAUGUGUCUUUUGAGCUUUUUUUCAUCAACUACAUGCUUCUUUGUACCUUUGAAGACAUACCUCGUCCACCUUACCAUGUGUGGCACUAAUAGGCGUCGUCUUAGAUUUAUCGAACAUGUCAAUUCUAUUAUAUCUUGUUGGAGAAUGUUUUUGUAUUGUUGAACAAUUAAGAAUAAAAGAUGGUGUUCUUACUUUUCACUUAA